AUGAAGACUUUGUAUUCCUUUCUUCAGAUCAGCAGAAACAUGCAUCAAGGAAACCAAACCACCAUCACUGAAUUCAUUCUCCUAGGACUCUCCAACCAGGCUGAACAUCAAAACCUCCUCUUUGUGCUUUUCCUGGGUAUGUACCUGGUCACUGUGGUUGGGAAUGGGCUCAUCAUUCUGGCCAUCAGCUUGGAUACGUACCUUCAUACCCCCAUGUAUCUCUUCCUUGCCAAUCUAUCCUUUGCUGAUAUUUCCUCUAUUUCCAACUCAGUCCCCAAAAUGCUGGUGAAUAUUCAAACCAACAGCCAAUCCAUCUCUUAUGAGAGCUGCAUCACACAGAUAUACUUUUCUAUUGUGUUUGUCGUCACUGACAAUUUGCUCUUGGGGACCAUGGCCUACGACCGCUUUGUGGCGAUCUGCCACCCUCUGAAUUACAUAACUCUCAUGCGACCCAGGUUCUGCAUUUUGCUCACUGUCAUCUCGUGGCUCCUCAGUAAUAUUAUAGCUCUGACGCACACCCUUCUGCUCAUUCAAUUGCUCUUCUGUGACCACAACACCCUCCCACACUUCUUCUGUGACUUGGCCCCUCUUCUCAAACUGUCCUGUUCAGGCACAAUGAUCAAUGAGCUUGUGUUGUUUAUUGUGGGUUUAUCAGUUAUCAUCUUCCCCUUUGCACUCAUCUUCUUCUCCUAUGUCUGCAUCAUCAGAGCUGUCCUGAGAAUAUCAUCCACACAGGGAAAGUGGAAAGCCUUCUCCACUUGUGGCUCUCACCUGACAGUUGUAUUACUGUUCUACGGAACCAUUGUAGGUGUGUACUUUUUCCCCUCCUCCACUCACCCUGAGGACACUGAUAAGAUUGGUGCUGUCCUAUUCACUGUGGUGACACCCAUGAUGAACCCCUUCAUCUACAGCUUGAGGAAUAAGGAUAUGAAAGGUGCCCUGAGAAAGCUCAUCAAUAGAAAACUUUCUUCCCUUUGA